AUGGCGGGCGGAGGGGAGGAGCACGCCGCGCACUCAUCCGUGCAGGAUGAUGCGAAAGAUUCCGAAUCGGACGGCGAUGCAGCUGAAGAUAUUUUGGAAGAGUCUCCCUGCAAGCGAUGGUCAAAACGACGAGAGCAAGUGAAGCAGAGAGAUGUCCCUGGAAUAGAUGUCGCAUACUUAGCGAUGGAUAACGAGACGGGAAACGAAGUAGUAUGGAAUGAAGUGCAAUUCUCCGAGCGUAAAAAUUUCCGCGCCCAGGAGGAGAAGAUCAAUGCGGUCUUCGACAAUCUUACUCAACUCGUACACACAAACCUUGUGAAGUUCCAUAAAUAUUGGACGGAUGCGAAGUCGGAGAAGCCUAGAAUUAUAUUUAUUACGGAGUAUAUGUCAUCGGGGUCAAUGUCUUUAUUUUUGCAACGUACACGAAAAUCUGGAUCUCCGCUAAGCAUUAAGGCGUGGAAAAAGUGGACAACUCAGAUAUUAUCGGCACUUAACUAUUUGCAUUCAUGUGUGCCACCGAUCACUCAUGGAAACCUUACCUGCGAUACAGUGUUCAUUCAACAAAAUGGACUUAUAAAAAUUGGAUGUGUAGCUCCCGAUGCCAUCAAUCAUCAUGUGAAGACAUGCCGUGAUAAUUUGAAGAAUAUGCACUACAUGGCACCGGAAUAUGAAUACUGCACGGAAGUCACUCCAGCUGCUGAUAUUUAUUCAUUUGGCGUUUGUGCCGUCGAGAUAGCUGUGAUGGGUGGUUUGUCUGGGUGUCAAAAUGGAGCAACUGAUGGACCCAUCAGUCGAGAGAGCAUAGAGAAAGCCGUUCGGUCUUUGGAAGAUGAAAAGCAACGGGAUCUCAUUCAAUUAUGUCUCCAAAAGGAUCCGUUAAAAAGACCAUCAGCACGGCAAUUGCUUUUCCAUCCAGUCUUAUUCGAGGUUAGCGAUUCAAAAAUAUCAAGGUUCUCUAUAGCAGCUAGCUUUUUUCCACAUUCACUAGGCGUUCCUUCUCGCACUUACCUUUGGGGAAAUAUUCUUCCAACUCAUAUUCCGAACUUCGCUUUUGUGAAUAGUGCCUGUCGCUUUCUUGGUGUCCGUUUGAUGAUCACUUGUUGCCCCUGUUAA